UGUAUUAGUGUUCGACCGGGAACAAUUUUUGACCCGAGAAAAAUAGACAACAGAUAUUUUUAUUUUUUCCAAAAUAUUUCGAUGUCUUCGUAAUUUUGCACUAACCUGACUACGUGUACAACGUCGCAUCACUAAUCCAAGCAUCAAAAUAUCUACUUCCACUAAUUGUUCCCAUUAUCAGUGCAACGUCGUAACGUAGGCUCUACUUCCAUAUAUAAACAGAAUUAAGUCGAACACGCCUAUCAUUAACACUAAAUUAGCCGAUACAGUGACAUCUACAAAAAUGUUUAUUUAUCUACCAACUUUAAUAACAUUCGUUUGUGCUAUCUACUUAUAUUUCACAAGGACUUUCGACUUUUGGAAAAAACGAAAUGUGAAAGCACCAAAUCCAAUACCAUUUUUCGGUAACUACAUUGAUGUGUUCUUUAGAAGAAAACAUAUGGGCGUUCUAUACCAUGAUAUUUACGAACAAUAUCCAGAUGAAAAAGUAGUGGGCUUGUACAGAAUGAUGUCGCCUACUCUGUUGAUUCGUGAUCUUGAUAUAGUGAAACAAGUGCUGCAAAAGGAUUUUGAAUCUUUUCCUGAUCGUGGAGUAUACUACAGCAAGGAUAAGCUUGGAAACAAUCUCUUCCACGCCGACGUCGAUGUCAUGAAAGGAAUAAGAAAACAUCUGACUACUGUAUUCACACCAAACAAAUUCAAGUCGAAUUUUUACAUGCUUGCCAACCGAGCGGAUCAAUUUCUUGAAUAUAUGGGAAGAAUUAGCGACGAAAAUGGAGAAGUAAAUAUGCUGCCAGCUCUUAGAAAAUAUGGUGCUGACUCCAUCAUGAUGACUGCUUUCGGUAUUGACUUGAAUCCUUACGAUGAAAACAACUUAAUAUGUGAUGUGUUAGAUGAAGAAAUUCAGUAUCCCAGUUAUUUCCUUGAACUGGAGUUACUUUUCCCUGGCAGUCUUGCGAGAUUUGAUUUAUCAAUAUUUCCAACUAAAAUUGCUCAGUAUUUUAAACAAAUAAUUGAAGCUGGUGCGACACUAGGAGUUACGGAAAAAACCGAAAGAAAUAGAGCAAUUGAUAUUAUGAUGGAAUUAAAAAGACAAGGAACUAUAAGCUCUAGAAAAGGAGAUGACGAAAAGGAAAAUUGGGUGGAAAUCACAGAUGAGUUGUUAGCUGGUCAAGCAUUUAUCUUCUACUUAGCCGGCUAUGGAAACAAUUGUUUACUAGGAUCUUAUGCCUUAUAUUACUUGGCCAAAAACCCCGAAAAACAAGAUAUUCUAAUACAAGAAAUUGAUGAAGUUAUACUGAAGCACGAUGGCAAAUUUUCUUACGAAGCAUUGAAAGAAAUGAAAUAUCUAGAGAUGGUUUUUGAAGAGACUUUACGUCUGAAUCCUAUGACGAACGCUGUUGUUAGGAAUGCUGCGAGAGAUGUGCAGUUGGAAGGUACAGAUAUCAUCGUUCCAAAAAAUACUAUCCUUGCAAUAUCUCCAUACUCAAUCCAGCACGAUGAGAAAUAUUUCCCUGAGCCAGAAAAGUUUAAACCUGAGAGGUUUUCUGCUGAAAACGCGAGGGAAAACCAUCCCUGUGCCAUGUUAUCCUUUGGACUUGGGCCAAGGAGCUGCCUUGGUCAAAAAUUCGCUCAAAUCCAGUUCGGUAUAUGUAUGGUGAAGAUAUUAUUGAAAUACAGAGUGGAAUGCACCAAGAAUACUCCAGAGUCCAUCACGUAUACUCCUUUGCGACUACUCCUCACUCCCAAUGAAAGAAUAUAUCUCAGAUUAGUUAAUAGAGAUAAGUAGUAUUAAUGUAUCGUAAUCCAAUUAGGUUUUGUCAAUAAGUUAAUCCUGUAAAUACGCUUAGAUAUAAUAAUUAAAUUAUUUUAUUCCUAAUACUCA